UUAGCCCCUUCCAAGGCACUUGCAAUGAAAUAGCGACAAGGUGGCUUUUGUUUGCUUCCUCUGUUCAAACCAACCGACGAGAAAUAUAAACCUCGUAGCCCUGCAAAUUCUGGGAGUCGGUUGUUCAUUUGCUUCCUGAUUUCUUUCUUUCUUUCUAUUUUCGCUAUAAAAGAACCGAGGUAAAUCGAGAGAAAAGCAAGAAGAAAUUCAGAAAUAGAAGGGACUGGAUAAGAUUGGUUUCUGGUAUUUGGCAAGGGAGAAAAGAGCGGAACAUUGGAACUCUUUUCAUUCUUGCAAGGAAUGAAAUAAAAGAUCUAGGUAGAGAGAAGGUGAGAUUGAGAUCACAAAAGAGAGUUCUUGUACUAGAAACCCUUGAAAGCAAAAGAUAUUGCUCAUACACACACAUACAGCCACGCAACCUCAGAUCACUAAUCUGAUCCGUGCAAGCAAAAGGGAGCACAAGAUUUGGUUAAUUUCUUGGUAUCAAGAAGUGAAAAAGCUGUCGUAUUUGUGCAAGAAUAUAAUGGAUUUCGCACCAGAGUUUCUUGAAAGCAGUUUGGGCAGAGAAUUUGUGGCUGGAGGCUUAGGAGGUGUUGCCGGAAUAAUAUCUGGUUAUCCGCUCGACACUCUCCGUGUCCGCCAACAGCACUCGAAUGCGGGCUCUGCCUUUGGCAUCCUUCGCAAUGUCGUAACCAAGGAAGGGCCUGCGGCACUCUACAGAGGCAUGGGUGCGCCAUUGGCAUCUAUCACUUUUCAGAAUGCAAUGGUUUUUCAGAUCAAUGCUGUCCUCUCUCGAGCAUUCGACUUGUCCCUUUCUGCUAAAGAUCCUCCUUCCUACAAGGGUGUUGCUCUAGGAGGAUUUUGCACUGGCGCUCUUCAGAGCCUACUGCUCACUCCCGUAGAAUUAGUCAAAAUUCGACUUCAAUUGCAGAAUAACGUCUAUGCGAAACUCCAUCACGCAGAUGCUCAUGAAGGCCCCAUGAGUGUUGCCAAGAGCAUAUUCAAAACAGAAGGUGUAAAGGGAAUGUACCGAGGCCUAACCAUAACUGUGCUGAGGGAUGCGCCCGCUCAUUGUUUGUACUUCUGGACAUAUGAGUAUAUGAGAGAGCAGCUUCACCCAGGCUGCAGAAAGAGCUGCCAAGAAAGCCUGCAAACAAUGAUGGUGGCAGGAGGGCUAGCAGGAGUUGCUAGCUGGGCUUGUUGCUACCCCCUGGAUGUUGUAAAGACCAGACUGCAAGCACAAUCCCAAUCCUCUCUGCCAAAAUACAGUGGCAUUGUUGAUUGCUUCCGCAAAAGUGUAAGAGAAGAGGGAUACAGGGUGCUCUGGCGAGGAUUAGGAACUGCGGUUGCUAGGGCAUUUAUUGUGAAUGGGGGCUUAUAUUUAUGCCUGUUUAACAAUGGAAGCCUCCAAGCUGAGAAUGCAAUUUAGGAAAUACUCUUUUUCCCAAUAAAGAUGGUCACUCUUGGAUUGAAAUUCUGUAGUUAUAACAUCGAGCUCACAUUCCAUUAACUGUUUAAUAGAUGUUAUAGAGCUCACAAUCAUGUUUAUCUCUCUCAAUUUAGAUCCUAGUAAUCAAAAAAUGAUUCUAAGAUCUAGUUUGGUCA